AUGGCUCUUCCAACUAUCCCCAUCAAAUAUCAUGUCUGGCUCGGCGACCCAAGACUUCUCGACGUUGAAGGCGCCGUAUCCAGUUUCACCUUCACCGAACAAGCUCCUGCGGUAUUGUGCGGCCAAGUCCCCGGUACUGGCGACCACAUUGAAUCCGACUACAGAGAUACCCUUUCCCGAUUCGUCCAUGCUCUAGGUGUUUCCCACACCAAGGAUAUGCUACUUACCCGCCAAUUUAAAUGCACUAUCUGCCCAAGACCUGCCACAUCGACUGUCGGCUGCUAUAUCUCCUUCCUUUCUCCUCAAUCGGGCUGUGAACCGUCCAUCCGCGAUCUCCAAGCCCCCGUUUGUGUCACUGCAGGCAUAUGCGAUGGCAAAGCUCGAAGGAUUCUUCAGGAGGUAAUUACUUCAUUGAUUCCACCUCAGGUCGAGUUGAAGAACGCUGGUCCUGAAGGCUGCCGAACAUGUGGUACAACAAGAGGAAACUUGAAGCUCUGUGCAGGAUGCAGGAGCAUUUCGUAUUGCUCGAAGGAGUGCCAGGCUAAGAAUUGGGCAUACCAUAAGGCUGUCUGUAAGAUCAUCCGAAUGGAGCGCGCCAUGCAUGAGGCUACUGGGGGAGUUCCCAUGGAGAAUCUAUCUGUCGCCGAGAUAGAUCGUGCGUUCAAGGCAGGACGAGACGCUGGCGGGAUUACUACGAAUCACAAGUCCUUCGGCGACAUCGAACGGGACCUACAAGCCACACUCCCUCCUGGAAUGAAACUAAAGUUGAUGACCGCACAUGAAGCUGCCGCGGCUGGCUAUAAUGUCAAGACGAAUGAUGCUGCUGAAGAUAGCGGUUCGAAUACUAGUGGUGGAACUGCUAAGUAG